AUGACUGUUUCUGCAGUACAGGCACUAGAGAAGCAUAUGCUGUGUUGUUUCUGUGUGUCCAGAGUCUCUGGGGCAUUGGGUCUUGGGAAUAUCAGCAAGUGGAUAGAGUUUGCUGGCACUUUCAUAGGAGAUUUUGUACAAAUAUUCUACAUCUCUCUUAUCAUGCUGCCCUUUGGAGUGGGCAAUUCCUUAUUUUCCAGUUCCUUAUCCCUGGAAGAGGAGCUUUUCAAUUACAUUGAUGAACAUCAGGAUGAAUUUGUUCAGAAACUUAAGGAAUGGGUGGCUGUAGAGAGUGAUUCCCAACAGCCACGUCUAAGAGCAAAAGUCAUAGAAAUGGUCAAAAUAACUGCAGCCAGUCUUGAAGACUUAGGAGCUAUCGUGACACUCAAUGAUAUGGGCAUUCAACAGCUGUCUGAUGGUCAGAAUAUUCCAUUACCUCCAGUCAUUCUGGCAAAAUUUGGAGAUGAUCCACAGAAGCCAACUGUGUGUUUUUAUGGACAUGUGGAUGUGAUGCCAGCUAAAAGUCAAGAUGGAUGGAAAACCCAUCCUUUCAGUUUAACAGAAAUUGAUGGAAAUCUGUAUGGGCGUGGAGCAACUGAUAACAAAGGACCUGUCUUAGCCUGGAUAAAUGCUGUGAGCACAUUCAAAGCACUAAACAUAGAUUUACCAGUAAACAUCAAAUUUCUUAUUGAAGGCAUGGAAGAAGCAGGAUCCAUUGGACUGGAGAAAUUGGUUGGAAAAGAAAAUGAAAGAUUUUUUUCCAGUGUUGACUAUAUUGUGAUUUCAGAUAAUACUUGGCUUGCCAAAACAAAACCAGCUCUUACAUAUGGAGCUAGGGGAAAUGCCUGCUUCUCAGUGGAGGUAGAAGGUGGUGAAAAAGAUCUUCAUUCAGGAAGUGCGGGUGGCAUCAUCCAUGAGCCCAUGUCUGAUUUGCUAGCUCUACUUGACAAUCUCAUAAAUUCAUCUGGAUAUAUUCUGAUCCCUGGAAUAUAUGAUGAUGUGGCUCCAUUUUCAGAAGAAGAGAAAAAGCAGUAUGAGUUGAUAGAAUUUGAUGUGGAAGAACAUAAAUCAAAUCUUGGAGUGAAGGAAUUCCUUUAUGAUACCAAGGAGAAAAUACUCUCACAUAUGUGGCGCCUGCCAUCUCUCUCUAUUCAUGGGAUAGAGGGAGCUUUUUAUGAACCAGGUAUCAAAACGGUUAUACCAUCAAAAGUCAUAGGAAAGUUUUCAAUCCGGCAAGUCCCUCAUAUGGAUCUGUCUAAAGUGGAACAUCAGGUGAAAAAACAUUUAGAAGAUGUAUUCUCUAAUCGAAGAAGUCCAAAUAAACUGACGGUAUCUAUGCUAAUGGGUGCAGUGCCCUGGAUCGCCAAUAUCAAUGAUCCUCAGUAUACGGCUGCUAAAAAGGCAAUCAGGAAAGUUUUUAACCAGGAUCCAGAUAUGAUCCGGGAUGGAUCAACAAUUCCAAUUGCCAGGGUGUUCCAGAAUAUAACAAGGAAGAGUGUGAUGAUGCUUCCAAUUGGUGCAAUGGAUGAUGGGGAACAUUCCCAGAAAGAGAAAAUAAGCAGAUUUAACUAUAUCAGUGGAACGAAGAUGUUUGCCUCCUUUUUACUGGAGAUUUCAAAACUUCAGGCUUCCAACUGGAAACAGUAAUGAUGAUCCAUAAAACUACAGCCUUAUUAUUUUCAUUU